UGUGUGUGUGUGUGUGUGUGUGUGUGUGUGUGUGUGAUAUUUAUUUAACUUUAUUUUAUGUGCAUUGUUGAGUUGGGAGCUGCCAUGUGGGUGCUGGGAAUUGAACCUGGGUCCUUUAGAAGAGCAGACAGUGCUCUCAACCACUAAGCCAUCUCUCCAGCCACUGAUUGGUAAAAUUUUAACAAACUCCUUGUAUAUGGGCAUGUAGAAAUGACCCCUUGUAUAUGAACAUAGAGAAAAGGCAUACAAAUCAAAUAUUUAAUAGUAAUAAAUCAAAAUGGAACUUAUUUAGUACACAUAUAAGUUUUUACAAUUUAUUAAAAUGAAAGCAAAUUUACAAAAUAUCGGCACGUAUGUGCUUCCUUAUUUUUAUGUAAAAAUCACGUCUCGGGGGCUGGAGAGAUGGCUCGGGGGGUAAGAGCACUGACUGUUCUUCCAAAGAUCCUGAGUUCAAAUCCCAGCAACCACAUGGUGGCUCACAACCAUCCAUAAUGAGAUCCGACACCCUCUUCUGGUGUGUCUGAAGACAGCUACAGUGUACUUAUGUAUAAUAAAUAAAUAAAUAAAUAAAUAAAUCUUUAAAAAAAAAGAAUCACGUCUCAGCAGAGUAUUUGACACUGCAGAACACCUUCAACACUUUCUCAGAGUUGAUCUGUGUUUUGAUUUUAUAAUCACCAAUGCUAAUAAUGUUUUGCCUUAGUAUGUUGUAUAAAAAUAGCAGAAAUUUCUUUAGAGCCAUUUUAAAAUGGCUCUCUGAAACCCAAACAAAAACUCACUGAAUAUUUUUUUGUUUUUAUUUGGUUUUUGUGUUUUAUAAACUCAAGUCAUCAACUUGAAAAGCAACUUUAAAAAUCAGGCAUUUAGGCACAGUAUAAUCCAAAAAAAGAUAUUAAUUUGGUACUACAGGGGAACAGUGGUAGAAAAAUAUUCCAAGUCUUUGUUUUCUAAAAUUGAACCAUUGGGUUUAUCGUGUUUCCAAAGAGCAGAGCUUUGUUCAGUCAAACAGCUUAAACCAUAAGACACAGUCAACUCUGAGCUGGUGUUGUAGGCUGUGUUUGUUGGUGUUGCCUGUGGCAAUGGCUGGUGUACUGUAAACUGCACACCCCCCCCCCCUAUGUUUCAGAAGCAAGGCUGCAGUGCAGUCGCAUGAUGCAACACUAGAAAGCUCUGGCAGAAACACCAUGGAUUCAGUACGAAUUUCAUUAGAAUUAUGUUUACCCAUGGGACAUUCAGAAAUCUUUUACCAUUGGAAAUUUUUUGUGAAUGCCCCACACUCUGUUUUGUGGCCUCAUGUGACUUUGUGAACCCCAGUUUAUGAAUGCAAGCUGAGGAUAUUAUUUUCUGAUCUUUGGCCACCUGAGAAUCUCUUCUUCAGUCUGAUUAAUGGGGGAUUCAGAUGUAUAGUUAAAGAAUAAUUCACAUGCCCUGUUACUGCUUUGAUGGAAUUGAUGAUCAAAUACUGGCGGAUGCCCAAAGAAGAUGAUUUCAUAACCUUUGUUUAAUUUUAUCUUUCCUUUCUCAAGGGCAGUUGGUAAGCAAAGACUUUUUAUGUUGAUUAAAGUCUAUUAAUAAAUGAAAAUGUAAUUUCCUUUAUUCUACCCCAUGGCUCAAUUAGGUGAAGCUGGCUUGUCCUCAACAUGCACAUGGGCAAUGCCUUCAUUUACUAAGUGCAGUAAUUAAGGGAGAACACUCCAUGCUGAACUUUUGAGGUAGAUAAACCACAUUGAUUCCUUUAUUUGGGUCAAUGUUCUUUCUACAGCCUUUGAGGCACUGACCUCAUCAAAGCAGUAAAUCUUUUGGUGACCCACUUUGUAGCACUAUGGGUACCACGUUGCUUCUCUGGAACCAUGUUGCUUCUCUGGAGUCUGUCUACCAUAUUACUUAUUUAGUAGCCAAACCCAGUGAUUCUAUCACCAAAUACAAUCAAGGGUGUUGAGGGAAUCAUGAUGGUGCUCUCUGCUGAGUGAUCUGGUACAUUGGAAAGCAGCCUAGUUAGUGUACCUCUUGUUUUUUAUUCAUAUAACAAUACAUGUUGAACAAUGGGGUGGACUAGGCUAGACAUGCAGCUCAGGUGGUAGAGGUCUUGCCUAGUGUGCAUGAAGGCCUGGUUUUAAUCUUUAGCACUGUGUGACUCAAGUAUGGUGGUGCUCACCUAUAGUCCUAGAAGGCAGGAAGGAGGGUCCGAAGUUCAAGGACACCUAUGGUUGCAUAGCAAGUUCAAGACCAACCUGGGAUAAGACCCUGUCAUGAAUAGGAUUAGGAUAUAUUUUCCUAAGAUAUCUAUACUCAUUAAUAACUCAACCAUUACUUUUUAACUACUUGAUAUAGUGACUGGGCUAUGACUCUGGGCAUUCAUUGAUGAAAUAUAACUAGAUAGAUUGUAUGUUUUAGACUAGUUUGGAACCUCUGUGAAUCAGGUGGGCUACUCUUAAUAAUUACUUUGGGGCAUCAGCUGCAGACAGAUUUUGCUCCAGGGAAAGAGGGAAGAACAGACAGUUCUGUUUAAAAUGGACAAUGUUUUUGUUCUGUGAAUUUCUCGGUCCAUGAUGGAGUCAGAGAUAUGAACUCAGUAAUGGAUAUUAGCUAUCAAUAUUAGCAUUAAAUCUGUCAUGGGUUAUAUAAGAGGAUUUGAUCUGGUUAUGGUCUAACAAAGGUUUUCCUAAGAAUCAAGAGGUCUUAUUGUGAAAAAGAUUAGGGAAAGAGUAUUUCAAAAGAAAAAGCAAGUACAAAGAGUAAGUUUUUGGAUAGUAGGGGAAAUGGUGUGUUUAAAGAUCAGCAAGACCAGUGUAACUCAAGCAGGGGGUCCUGGUGGAGCAUGUUGUGGGAGGAGACUAGGAAGCUAGCAAGAGUCCACACUAUGCAGGAAUUUAACAAUCCAGGUGGGGAAUCUAGAGUUUCCCCCUACCUGCAUUGGAGAGUCCUUCCAGAAGUUAUGGAGUAACAGGGAUUAGGAGGAUGUGACUCACAUGGCUGCUAUGUGACAAGUUCACUUGGGCUACAGUACAGAGAAGAGCUGAGCAGACAUGUGAAGGGAAGCAGGGACUGUGACAAACAUCUGGGGAGAGUGGCAGUUCUGCAGAGCAUUCUGGGGCCUCCAAGCCUCCGUUAAGCUCCUCCACUAUGACAUCACGCAUCUUGCUACGCCAGCAACUCAUGCGUGAGCAGAUGCAGGAGCAGGAGCGCAGGGAGCAGCAGCAGAAGCUGCAGGCAGCCCAGUUCAUGCAACAGAGAGUGGCCGUGAGUCAGACACCAGCCAUAAACGUCAGCGUGCCCACCACCCUUCCCUCUGCCACCCAGGUGCCGAUGGAAGUCCUUAAGGUGCAGACCCACCUGGAAAACCCCACCAAGUACCACAUACAGCAAGCUCAGAGGCACCAGGUAAAGCAGUACCUUUCUACCACUUUAGCAAAUAAACAUGCCAGCCAAGUCCUGAGCUCACCAUGUCCAAACCAGCCUGGCGACCAUGCCAUGCCACCAGUGCCGGGGAGCAGCGCACCCAACAGCCCUAUGGCUAUGCUCACUCUUAACUCCAACUGUGAAAAAGAGGCAUUUUAUAAGUUUGAGGAGCAGAGCAGGGCAGAGAGUGAGUGCCCAGGUAUGAACACGCACUCUCGAGCGUCGUGCAUGCAGAUGGAUGAUGUAAUUGAUGACAUCAUCAGCCUGGAAUCAAGUUAUAAUGAAGAAAUUUUGGGCUUGAUGGAUCCGGCCUUGCAAAUGGCAAAUACGUUACCCGUCUCUGGAAACUUGAUCGACCUCUACAGCAACCAGGGCCUGCCACCGCCAGGCCUUACCAUCAGCAACUCCUGUCCAGCCAACCUUCCCAACAUAAAAAGGGAGCUCACAGCGUGUAUUUUCCCCACAGAGUCUGAAGCAAGAGCAUUGGCUAAAGAGAGGCAGAAAAAGGACAAUCACAACUUGAUUGAACGAAGAAGAAGAUUUAACAUAAACGACCGCAUUAAGGAGCUAGGUACUCUGAUCCCCAAGUCAAAUGAUCCAGACAUGCGGUGGAACAAGGGAACCAUUCUCAAGGCCUCUGUGGACUACAUCCGGAAGUUGCAACGGGAACAGCAACGAGCUAAGGACCUUGAAAACCGACAGAAGAAGCUGGAGCAUGCGAACCGGCACCUGCUGCUCAGAGUACAGGAGCUGGAGAUGCAGGCUAGAGCGCAUGGACUUUCCCUUAUCCCAUCCACCGGUCUCUGCUCGCCUGAUCUGGUGAAUCGGAUCAUCAAGCAAGAACCAGUUCUUGAGAACUGCAGCCAGGAACUUGUACAGCACCAGGCAGACCUGACAUGUACGACAACUCUGGAUCUCACGGACGGUACCAUCACCUUUACCAACAACCUCGGCACCAUGCCGGAGAGCAGCCCGGCCUACAGCAUCCCCAGGAAGAUGGGCUCCAACUUGGAAGACAUCCUGAUGGACGAUGCCCUCUCACCUGUUGGAGUCACCGACCCACUGCUGUCAUCAGUGUCGCCAGGAGCUUCAAAAACAAGCAGCCGGAGGAGCAGUAUGAGCGCAGAAGAAACGGAGCAUGCGUGUUAGCGAGCCUGCCUUGCUCUGCCUCUGCACGGACCGCUCCCUCUCUUCUUCAGGAGACUUUAUAAUUUACCUGAAGAGGUUUUCUUGAUAAUUUUCCUUUAAUAUGAAAUUUUCGUGCUUUAUCAGUAGCCCAGGAUAUAUUUUAUUUUUAGAAUUUUGUGAGCCAGACUUGUAUAUUCUAUUUUACAACUACAAAGGCCUCCUAAGUAUUGUACCUUCAGCGUGCAGUAUCUGUGAACUGAUUUCUCCAAGUGUGAGCUUUCUGAGCAAGGGGAUUUUUUUGCUUCAGAGAAGUAAGUGUCUGUCCGUUUUCAUUCAGGGGAAAACUUGGUGUGAGCUUUGUCUGUCUGUGACCUCCUUUGAAAUUAACAUGUAAAGUUUAAUUACACGAAUGUAAAGCAACCAAAAGAAGAAAACAAAGAAGAUGAUGAUUAUGAUAGAAGAAGGAGAAGAGGAGGAAGAGGAAGAGGAGGAGGAAGAGGAGGAAGAAAGAUGGUGGGAAAGACAUCCAAGACUUUCUCGCUUUCUAAAUGCGGCAAUUUCCUGGUACUGCCUUAAAGACACAGUGCCCUCCCUUCCUUCCAGCGUUUCUAUGUCUUUGUACUGAAAACUGCGUAAAGAAGAAUAUAUUACAUACAGACAAAUCUAGCAGUCAUUUUCAUGAGGAUUGUCUGGCUAGAAAAUGUAACUUAUGCUAACCCAAACUGAAAGAAGUUAUUAGACCAAGGCAUGAAACAUAGGAUCUGACCUGCUGGCUUUUAUUGGGCACAGUUAUAGUUUUCCUCAUAAGUGUGAUUAAAUUUUUCAUAAGGUUUUUUUGAAAUGGAAAUGAAUGUCCUCUCUGAGGACACCGGAUGUUUGUUUCACUUUUUUUUCUUUUUUUUUUUUUCUUUUUCCAUUUUUGCUUUUGAUAAAGACAACUGAACUGGGCACAUUUCUAAUUGGCUUUACUAUUUUUAUUUUUAAAUUAUGUUUUAGCCAUUUUAAUUGUAUAGAUUCUUUAUUAUCAUCAUUUUUUUCAGUGUUUGUAUUAAUUUGUAAGAAUAUGCAUCUUAAAACAGUGAGUUUUCAAUACUUUUACAACUCAUUGGUGUUCUCUGCAUUCUUUGUACACCCAAGAAAGACUACUUUUAUGCAAGGUCUUGUGUUCAAAGAGAGCUUUGCAAAUAUUUUGUAUAUUCCACUAUCACUUGAAACUGUUUUUCAACACAUUUAAGGUGUAGUAUUAAUAGGUUAACAACCAGGCUUUCUAGAAAAAAAUACUUACAUAUGUAUUUCUAGGGUAUUAAAAUAACUAUAUUCUUGAAGAUUGAUAGCCAUAGCAUUUACCAUGCCCAUGAUGGUCAAUUCAAUUAGGAUUUAUUUCAACACACCGGCUAGAUUCUUUUUAAAAAGAGAAACACUGUAUUGGCAGAUUACUUGAUAACAACAUUUUGACCAAGUGGCAACAUUGUAAAGUUAGUGUCUGUGCAUUGCUUACUUGCAUAACCCUAUGCAAUAUCUGUAGAGUUACAUGUAUCAAGUCUAGAUGUUUUGUGCAGGUGAUACAUACUGGUACAAGCCAGGCUGCCUAAUGGAAUUUCUCAGUAGCAGCCUACGAUUGAAUCCUGUGUGGCAUAAAGCAUACCCUUUCAGAAUGAAGUGCCUUAAAAAUCUCAGCAGUCUCUUUUGGACCAGCACUGACUGAACUGUAACUAGGAGAAAGUUUCAAGAUGGAAUCUGGAGUGAAGAAGGAAGACGUAGCGUGGUGCCUCUGUAGACAUUCUAAGAGCUUCCAAUUUCCCUUCAGAUAUUUUUAAUAUGAAAUAUAUUUUACUGACAGUGCCAAAUUCUUUCAUCAGGAAACCUUUCUCAGGAGGGUUUUUUUUUUUUAAAGUGUUUAAAUGUCAAAUGUGAAUUGGUGAUGGGUGAUGGAGAGAUCCAAGAGCAGUGAUUGUCAGAUGUAUGAAUGGAUGGCCUUGGUGAGAUUCGUCAAGUGCGCGGUUCCCAUGCAUGUUGGGUAAUGCAAAUCUUUGGAAACACUGAUGAUGCUAUCCAGUCUUGUAGCUUUAUUACUUAAGGGGGUAGGGAAAAUAAGUUCCCAUUCUUUCAACUCCCUUAAGUGUGUGACUCUUUUCCUAGAAUAGAAAUGCAAAUGUGCAUGAAAAGAUAAUUGUACCAUAGUGUUCACCGAUACAAUCAUAGCAUUGUCUGUUUUUCUCUUCAUAUUUAUGUGGGGGGGGGGUGCGGGGAGGGCUGGAUGCAGAAGUUGAAGAUUGCAAUGCUAUGAUGCUAGGUUUUCUUAGCUGAUUCUGACAUUUUCUUUUUUUCCUUUUUUAAUAAUUGAACAAGGUUUCACAAAGUUGACUAUGGCCAAGGCAGAGCAACUUUCUAGGAAGCUUUGUUGAAAGAAAGUAUGGCAUAUUGCACCAUUACCUUGGCUUGUAGCCUCUGAGCUUGCCACCAUGGGCUUUCCAGGCACCUUCCUCCUAAGACACAGCUGCUGGGAGAGGCAGGCAAGCAAUUUAGAGGUGACAACAUAGGGAAUGGUUUUAUUUAUUUCUUUUGUGCCAGCCAGAAUGUGGAUUCUUUCAGGGACUGGUUAAGCCAAGACGCAGUGUUUUUGCUCACUGUUUUUAAGGAGAGAAUGAAUGAUCCUUGCCUCUCACUCCCCAACCCCUGGGUGCAGAAUUGUAUCUCAGGGUUGGACCUCCGUUUAGAGUGCUCAAAAUACCAAAAUUAUCCACCUGCCUCUGGGUAAGGUAACGGAAAUACCAAACCUUCUGACUUUGCCAAAAACUGUGCAAGCAAUCUGGUCAUACCCAGAGCAUGAUGCAGUUCAGUUUGGUUGUUUGUAAACAAUAAAGCAAUAAGAAUAAACAAAAUGCACAGGACAUUAAAAGAUAUAAACAAAGCACAAAGGAAUGUAACUUGUUAAUAUUUCUGAAAAAAAAUGCACUGGGGAGAAGUUGAUGUUGAUAAUAGUAUAAAAAUUACCCAACUUCUUGACAAAGACAACAAAUGACUGUCUCUUGCAGACACUUGCUACUGUAAUGUCAAUAACAGCCCCCCGCUGUUGGGUACAGCAAUACUUUCUGUAUGGUCCGCAGCACUGUAUAUUAUGAUUGAUAUUAAUGUAUCCAAUGAAAUAAUUGAACUGUUGUUCUUCAUAGCCUCAUUAAAGCAUUUGGUUUUUCACAUUGUGUUGA